GUUUCUGCGUUUUCGUUUUUCCUAAAAAUGCCAGUUUGUCAUGUUUGUGAUGCUGUUGACGACUUCCAUGAUGAAGACGGCUUGUAUUAUUGUAAUGUCUGCAACACUCAAUCUCAGAGCAUGCAGGUUUUGGAACAAGAAGAUCCUUACGCUGGUGCUAGUGGUGGCCGAUUCAAUAUGUCUCAGUCCAUGCUUGCUGUCAAAGUGUCUGCGAAACCAAGGAAAGAGUUGAAUGUUGAACUGGCAAAGACUAAGCCAUGGUGGAGUUUUGAGGCUUUCCAGAUUAUUCUACGUGCUCAAGUUGACUUGUUGAUUGCACAGGGGGUGUCCAAGCAAUUGAGUGAGGUUGUGAAAACAAUUUGGUUUAAAUAUCUGCAAAUGUCAGGUGUUGCGUUUUGCUCAACCAGUAAACAGCAGAUGUCGGCAUACCGGAAGAUGGUAGAGGAACGACAGCUUGAGGUCCGUGUACGAGCUGAAUCUAAAGUACGAGCUAGACGCAAGAAACUGGCAGAGGACAAGAGAAGCACAUCUGCAGCAGAUGCUAAAGAUGGUGGCUCAGCUAAGCCAGAAGGCAUUGAUAGUGGAUUGGAUACAGAAGAAAACAUUAACACUAAUAGUGAAGCUACCGACAGUGAUGUUGAUGCAUUGUCUGUGAAGUCAUAUAGUUCGGCAAAAUCAGGGAUGUCCGCUGCAAGUAGUCGUAAGAGUGGUUGCACGGACCGCCAUACGAUAAAUAUUCGUAAACAGGCAAAAUCAGAGAGUGAGCCAAGAGUUGGCAUUCUAAGUCUGAAACACCUUGUUUGUUUUUUGUACCUCGGACUGCGUUAUCUCAAAGAACCAAUCAUAAUGAGUGAUCUUCAACGUUGGAUAAGUGCUGGCUUGUUACCUUAUUUUGGAACAGAAGAUGUUUUGCCUCAAUAUAUGGUGGCAAGUAUGGGGUCGAGCGAGCUAAGACAGUUUCUUAAUCGAGAUAUACCAUCAUUGCCACGAUUGGAGAAACUCUGGCGUUCACUGACAACAUUUUUACACAUCGAGAAUCUACCACCGGUUGAUAUAAGACUGUUGAUAUCUCGGUUUCUAUUAGAUCUUAACUUGCCACGAGAAAUUCAUGCCUUGACACAGAAUUUAGUUCAUCGUAAGCUGUCCUGUAAGCACAUUGUUGGCAAAAGGAAAGGAAGACAAAUGGAGCAUCCAUCCUGCGAAGGGGAAGCACUGGGGUUCAUCUUUAUCGCCUUAAAAUUAUGUUUCCAUCUUGAUGACAAAUUUGAGCACAAACAGUCGGCGAUUUGUAGGAAGAUUCAGCAGUGUUGUGAUGCUAGUUGCAACUAUUUUGUUUGGGACGAGUGGGUCCUUGCUCAGAAGCUCAGGUGUCAGGAGCAACAGAUGACGUCAGUUCCCACAAAACCCAGGGAUGUUUUGAAGUUAAGAAACUUGAAAUCUUUCAUCGACUUUGAGAAGAAUACAUAUAGGAAGUGGCUUGCUGGUGAAACGUCUUAUCAAGCAUGGACAUCAAAUAAAAUGGAGACAAGAGUAGAGAUGAUGAAACCCUUCCUUGCACUGUCAGAUGAUACUGAAGCACGACCUACGAAGGUCAGACCAUCAACGUUUGUACAUCUGCACCCUAACCAAGAUUCCUCUGCUGAAGUGAUGAAGCUGCACAUAAGCGGAGUGUCAUACUACACAAGGGAAGCAAUAUUGAGCAAAGAUUUCUCAGUUACAUCUCUGGAAUAUGUUUCACAAAGUGCAAUAAAAUCUGUAGGAGGUCGUUUACUGGAAGAUCAACAAAGUAGAGAUGACCCUAGUCUUAAACAUAGAAAGGAACAUUGGCAGGACUCUCAGCAGGAUAGCGGAGGUGUUCCAAAUCAGGUGGACUUCAAUUUCAUGGCUGGAGAUCUGUUAGAAUGUGUUCCAUCAACAACAGAUGAGGAGCCAGUAUUUUCACAGUCCAAGAUGCAGAGUGGAACUAAACGUACAUGGAGCCAGAUCAGAACUUUAGAUUGCUAUAAGCACAUUGACAUCACAGAUGAAAGGACCGGUGAUAGUAUAGGUGAGCGAAGUGCAAAAUGUAGGAAAGGAAAUUUAACCGAGUCAAUUAAGAGACAUACUUGUAGACGGUUGCAAAAGAAACUUAAAAAGAUGUCUAGAGACCACUCCUACAUUAUCUAUCCUGAGAUGAAAAGCCGCAACCAAUUGGAUCUGAAGCUCCAAGCGGAUCAAUUUCAUUAUUCGUAUAUUUGGUUGCUUAAACAUCUCAGCAAACUAAUUGGCCAAAAAUUUGAUGUAUUACGUACUGAAGUAAAUAGGUUAGAGAAAGCACUGUGCCUUGACAAAGAAUUAAAAGAGAGUGGCUGAAACAACUCAAAUGUGUGUAUUGUGAUUGUUUGUUUUUUUGUUUUUUUUUGGGUGGGGGGUGCAAAAGACACCUUGAGCAACCCAAUUUUGUAGGGCUUCUCUGGUGUUGGAUUGGGCUAUCAUUGGGAGACUAUUGCCUAUUCUAAAGGGUGUACUACAUUCAUUACUGUACACAUAGGCCAUAUUGCAUACUGGACCAACAGCUCAGUGGUAGUGCUGCAGAUGGGCAGAAGAGGCAAUUUCCCUCCGUCGGACAGACCUAGACCACCCUUUAAAAAGCGUUUUAUAUGUACUAACUUCAUUUUUAGUUCCUUUGUGACCUUAUUUUUAGUUCCU